AUGUCGGCCAACACGGUUCCCUACCCAUUCCACUUCGACUCUGUCGCCCCCAGCGGGCCCCAAGAUGGAACCAUCGCCCAAAUCGAUAUCAGUAUCCAGAACACUCGCGGAAAGAUUCCCUCUCUUCAGGCUGCAAGUCUUCGCACGAUGAUGCUGCAGGCGCGCGAUGAUCCCACCAAGAUCUUGGCCCAUGCAUGCACAUAUGAUGGUUUGUCUUCGCGCCUUGUGGAAGAGGCAGGGUUUCCUAUGGUCUUCCUCGCAGGAUAUGCUGUGGCCAGCUCCUAUGGUCUGCCAGAUACUGGAUAUAUUGCAAUGGCAGAAAUGUGUGACAAGAUUCAGGAAACUGUUCGUCAAGUCUCGGUGCCUGUUAUGGCGGAUGGCGACACUGGAUACGGAAGUCCGAUGAAUGUGAAGAGAACUGUUGAGAGCUUUGCUGCUGCAGGGGCCGCCGGUGUAAUGAUUGAAGACCAGCGCUGGCCGAAGAGAUGUGGGCACACCAAGGGCAAGGACGUUGUUUCCCGCGAGGAGGCCUAUGCUCGAAUCCAGGCUGCUGUCGAUGCCCGCAAUGAAGGAAGGGAUAUCUUUAUUCUUGCUCGAACCGAUGCACUGAUGUACGGCUGGGAUGAAGCUAUGGCCCGGGUCAAGGAGUUUGUGCGCAUUGGCGUGGAUGCGAUUUUUGUUGAGGCUCUACCCGAUCGAGAAGCGAUGAAGCGUUGUGUCGAAGAAAUUAGCUGUCCUGUCUUCGCCAAUAUUAUUGAAGGAGGCAAGACAGACAAUCUUUCUGCGAAAGAGCUUGCUGAGCUCGGGUACAGCGCUGUGGCAUACCCCUGGACAUUGGUUGCUGCUCGCCUGAAGAGCGUUCGGGAGGCUUUGGACGGGUUGAAGAAGAGUAUGACCGUAGGAGCACCGCCAAUGAUUUUGACCUAUGACGAGGUCUGCGAAGGUGUCGGUUUCAACAAGUACUGGGACCGAGAGGAGAAGUAUAAAUUCAACUAG